AUGGGACUCGAAAAUUUAAAAUUAAUAGUGUUUGAUUUGGAUUAUACCUUGUGGCCAUUUUGUGUAGAUUCCCAUAUUUCAGCGCCUUUAAGAAAAUCUUCGAGCGGUUCAAUUUGGGAUUCCCAGAAAACUAAAAUAAAAUGUUACCCCGAAGUUCCAGACGUUUUAAACCUAUUACACAACGAAGGCUACAUAUUGGCAGUUGCUUCAAGAUCGCCCCAAAUCGAGGCAGCUAGACAACUAAUAGAGUUUCUCGAAUGGGACAAAUAUUUUACUUACAUUGAAAUUUAUCCGGGGAACAAAACCGAGCAUUUUAAUAAAAUUAGAGAAUUGUCUAAAUUCAGUUAUAAUCAAAUGAUAUUUUUUGAUGAUGAGCCACAGAAUAUUCGCGAUGUUGAAAAAAUUGGUGUAGUAUGCAUAUUUGUGAGGAAUGGGGUGAACAAAGCUCUAAUAGAAGAAGGAAAAAGAAAAUAUUCGAGAAAGCAAUAG